AUGUCCAAUAUAAUCAAAGAGAUUGGUCUUCCGGUCGUUAUCGGCAUGGAUUCCAACGCCAAAAAUCCUAUAUGGCAAUCUUCUACUCUAGACCAUAGAGGCGAACUCCUAGAGAGUUUUGCCUUCGAAAACGAUCUAUUUAUUCUUAACACACCACAGCCCUUUACUACCUUCAGCUCUCCUCUCGGCGAGAGUAAUGUGGACCUCACCUUGUGCUCCUCUGAACUAAUUAAUAAACUCUCCGAAUGGACGGUCUCUCCGGACAUAUGCCCUAGCGACCAUAGAAUGAUCUCAUACAAGCUUGCUCUUCUUUCUCCAAAGAAUCAUGUGGCUAUUACGUGGGCUAGACAACUCAGGCAGAUAGAUACAGACCGCGCUCUGGAUGAUGCAAUCAUUGGCAUGCGUGCUGUUGACGGACUUCUCUGGUCUCCCACUGUGGAGUCUAUUGACCGCAGAGCUACGGAACUCACGGCUCUCCUCGCCAGUAUUGGCGAGAGUUGUCUUAAAAGGCGCAAAAGGUUCUUAGGCCGCCCUCUCUGGUGGAACGACGGACUGGACAGACUCAGGCUCAGAGUAAAUCUGCAACGUAAAGCGUACCAACGCGCCAAUCCCCCCUUACGUUAUGCUCUCAGAACAAUAUAUCUAAGUACUGCUGAUAAAUUCAGAAAGCUCAUUGAGCGCACUCGAUCACGGUCGUGGGGACAAUUUGUAGGGGAGCAGCUGAAUUCGGACCCAUGGAGUCUGCCUUACAGACUAUCCAGGGCCGGAGGGCUUGUCGAGCCUCCUCUUACCAGCAUACAGCCAUAUUGCACCUUCUCUGCAUCAGCAAACAAAUAUAUCAUUCCUAGUAUUGGCCAUUUCAGGACGGUUGCUGCUUCGGGGCGUGCCUUUAGGUCGUGCAUUGUCGUGCUGAAUCCGUUGCUACACGUACUCCCAGUACAGUGUCUGAAUUCUGACCUCUUUGCCUCGAUCAUCAUAGAGUGUGGUAAUCUGUCUUUUGCCCUUGUAAGUGCGUACUGUCCCCCUAGGGACGAGCUCUGCGAGGUCUUGGAGAAGGUAUCUUCAGACUUGAACUCUAUUGACCUCCCGGUUAUUAUCGGGAUGGACUCGAACGCUAAAAGUCCUGUCUGGUUUUCGGACCAGCUGGACCACAGAGGUGAUAUUGCCGAGAACUUUGUUCUCGAAAACAAUUAA